AUGUCGUACGGAGUGGCUCGGGGGCCGCCAUGCUGUACGGCAGCUGCUGCCCAGCGCCGCGCUUCCGUCGUCACGACGGCGGUUUGGCGCCAAGCGCAGGCGCGGCGGUUGGGUUUAAAUAGUGGAGCGGCGGCGGCUCUGCCCCGGCGCAGCGGAGGAGCCCUGGGGGAGCGGGGAGCCCCGCCGGCGGCAGCGGGCUUGAGGGCCGAGUUCGGAGCGGGAGGUGAGAGCGGCUGCGGGUGGGUCUCGGCGGGGAUAGGCCGCGUCGGUGGAGCGCGGGAAGGGCCUGAGGCGACGGCCGUGGCCUGUCGGUGGGGCGGAUCCUGCGCGGCAACGAGCCGGGAGGGGAGGAGAGCCUUCCCGCAGAGCUGCAACAACACGGAGCACGUCAGAAGGAAGCAGCUGUCCUCUAUUUUAAAGGCUCCACGAAAUCCUCUUGAUGACCUGGGAAAUGGGAAUGAAUUGACACAGGGGGUCAGCACAGAGAAACGCAGUAGGACCUCGCGCCGAGUCAGCUUUGCCAACACCAUCAACUGCAGAGUCUUUGAGCGAGAUCUCAAGAAUAACACAGAAGGUGGCACAGGGGGUGCAGCAGAUGCAGAGAAUGAUGUCCUGCCUCAUCAAUCUGAAGAACCUGGAGCUGCUUCAUGUGAGAUCACUGGGAUGAACACUUUGCUUCAUGCCCCAAUCCAGGCACUGGUGCAGCAGACUGAGGCUCAGGAUGGGGACAGCAGCAUUCACAGAGCAAACAGGCAGGACACCACCCUGCUCCUUCCAGAGGAUAGCACGAUGGACAUGACAGCAUGUCACACAGCAGUGAUUGCCCAGGACCUGGGAAGCAGCCAGGCUGAGCAGCCCGAGAUGGACAUCACCUCACUGCCGCCUGGGGGCGACCGCAAGGAGGCAAAGGCGGAAGCCCGCGCUCGAGUUCGCUUCUCUGACCUUCCCACCCUGUCCUGUCCAGAUGAUGGCCAGCAGGAAGAUGCUACUGCUGUAAAAAAAAUUAGUUUCACUGAAUUUUUCAUGAGCUUUAAGUCAAAGAGGACACUCAGGUCUGCUGAGGGCCCUCAGUCCACCUUUUUCCCCCCUUCUCAAGCCUCAGAAGAUGCAGCACAGUCCUCAAGGGAAUUUGUGUGUUCCCAUGAGCAGCUGGAUAACUGUGAUGUGACCAGGGUCUUUGGAGAGCAAGAUGAUGGGAUGGAGGUGACAAAAUGCCAGGCCUCUGCUAUUAGAGCUGUGUUCCCUGCUCCGUGUGAAGCUCCAGCACAGCAGCUCCCCUGCGCAGAGGUCACCAGCGUGUUUGCAGACAAUGAGAUGGACAUGACAAGCAGCCACACUGUAAAAGUGUCUUUUCCCUUCACUGUUGGGAAUCAAAAUCUGAACUUCCCAAAGGAUUCCCCACCCCCAGAGGCAGGUAAUUCUAUGUUCAAGAGAGCAUCCAAUCAGCAUUUAACUGCUCAGCAUGAGCAGCUCUGUGCAGACAGGAAAGUGGCAAACGCUGAAGACAGACAAGAUCCUGCAGCACUGCAGGCUGCUAGACAAGAGGCCAGAGGGAUGGCUGCCAUCCCAGGAUCCAUUUCCUCUGAGACUGUCUUCCGAGGGGGACCUCCUCCUGUGUGUGAAGACAUGAAGAUUACUGGGGAUUACACAGGAGUGAUCUCUGCUGACCCGAGCGGCUCCCGCCGCCAGACCUCGGAGCAGCCAGCGAGCAGGUGCCCAGCACAUGGUGACAGGGCUGCCCCAGGGAGUCAGACAGCUUCAGACAGCCCAGCUCCUGGGCCCUGUAAACCCCUUGAGCUGUCUUCAGGCUCAGAUGGACGACUGGAGAGGGUGACCCAAGGUCACAGCACCGCUCCAGGGAAUGCUUGGCUUGACUCCCGCAGAAGUUCAGUGUCUGCUGGUGCUCCUCAGAGCAGGCUGCAGCCCAGGCUGAGCUCUUGCCUUGUCUCUCUGCCCACUGAGAAGACACUGAUACUCUCUGAAGAUACAGACUUGACUAAAACCUCUGCUGUCAGGGGUGAUGGAAGAGAUGCUGAAAAUGAAUCUCCUGUUGGAGUGCUCACUUCUGUCACCUGCAAACCUCAGUUUAUUGCUGACAGAGCUACAUCUCCCAGUUUAAAUGAGCAGGAAGAAAUGGAAAUGAUUAAAUGCCAUGUUGUCAGUGAUGAGCAGUGUAACAGGGUAACUACAGGAGGAAAAGAAAUGCAUUGUGAGAUAAUUCCAAGAAAGAACCAGAACAAAACUGUCAGUGAAGGUGCAAGUCCUUUGGAUGUGGACAAGGAGAAUGUUGAGGUGCUUGGUGUUGAUGGGAGCCUCAGAAGAAGCCAGGCUGUGGAAAUCAGGGCUAAAGGGCUUGAAGUGAUGAAGGCUGAUAAGCUUUGGAGAACAAACUUCCAGGCAAGUGGUCCAAGUUCCUCUGCAAAGAGUGUGUGCUCAUUGCAAGAGCAAAGGAGAGAAGUCCCUGAGAAUGCUGUCACCAGCACCUCUGGGUCUGUGUCCUUGCAAAGUCAAAAAGUUAUGUCACAGCCUUUGGGAAGAAGCCUUCUGGAGGCUUCAGUUUCUAAAGGCACCAUGAGUGGCUUCAAAGCUCUGCCCUGUGCAGGUGAGAAAGCCACCACCUUCUCAGCAGAUGCUGACAUGGACAUCACCAGGAGCCAUCCAGUUCCAGCAGACUACAGGAGGGUCUUGCAGCACAGAAGUGCAGAUGAGGACUCACCCUUACCUUCUGGAGAUCAGACUUGUGUGUUUACCUACAGUGAUGACAUGGAAAUGACUGCACUCAGUGCUGUUGAUGAACCUAUGGAAAAGGCUGUGCCCCAGGGGAUGCUUACCCUGGCCAGAAGGACAAGGAGGAAAAGCUUGAAGAAAGCAGCAGGGGAGGAAACAGUUUGUUUCUCACUGGAUGAUGAGAACAAUGACAUGGACAUCACCCAGAGCCACACCGCUGCAAUAGGCCAUGAGAUUCUCUCCCAAAACAAGGGAGGGCUUUGCUCUGUCUCUUCAGCUGGUGCUGUUAACCCCAUCCUGUUCCCAGGCAGCCAGGCUUGCUCUGGUGCUCCAAGCACCAGCCAUCUUUGUGCUGACAACCCCAGCCUGGCUCAGGAGGCUGGCCAGCAGGCACGUCCCAGCAGUGAAGCUACUGUGUUAGCUGUGGACAGCAAAGAAAUCACCACAGCCCUUAACCUAACUGUGGAAGAAAAUGCCCUGCCAAGUGCACAGCCUUUGACUUCCUCCACCAUCGUGUUUCAGAGUUUCCAGGCUGACAUGAGGAUGACCCAGUCUCACUCUCUUGGGCAAAGUAUCAGGAGAGCCUUUUGUCAGGACAGAGCCCAGCUGGCCAAGCAGGAGGCUGUUCCAGGUAGCAGGACCAUCAUUUUUUCUUCAGCUGAGGACAUGGAGAUCACCAGAACUCACACAGGUGUGCUCAGGGGUAGUGUGGGUGUCCAGGUCAGAGAAUCCACUCCAGCCACUUCUGCAGUUCCUGCUGAUAAAACCCUUGUGUUUGCCCACAACCAGGAUGACAUGGAAAUAACCACCUCCCACACCACUGCUGUUAGCAACAUUCCUGCCUCUGAGAACCAACCAGCGUCACAUCAACGCACCCAGCAGCCAGACUGGCAUCAUGGGGUGUGGGGUUCUUGCAGAGAUAAAAGAGAUUCCUCACACAAAGACCCAGAUGGUGAAUAUCACCCAGACUCCAAGCUUGAGCCCAGCACUCCUGCUUCAUCAGCCUCAGCAUUUCCUGCUGAGAAGGGAGCUGCCCAGGUCCCCAGGGGCACAACAGCAGAUUCUGUCUGUUCUGCCUCCCUUCCAGAAGAGGCUGUGGUUGUGCAGGCACCCCAGGAUCCUCCCCCUCCUGUGGAUAACCCUGCCCCUGGAAGCUCACAGCAGGAUCUCAUACCCCAAGAAAGCCUGAAAUCAAAGGAAUUGUCUUUCAGGCUUCCAGGUAACAAGCCUGUGGAUCACAGUGAAGAAAGUGGUGAUUUGGUAUCUCGCAUUGCACCUCCCCUUCAGCAGCCACAGCCUCUGGUGGCUUCUCCAGAUGCAUGUAGCACUCAGGGAAACCAAGUGCUGAAAGGUUAUUUAUCUCAACAUGAGGAUUUGGCUGCAGAUUCAGGCAUGGCUGGAGGUCCAGCUUCCAACAAGGAAUCACAGGAAGAUGAGGGGCUGUCAGCUGGAGGGGAGGCACCUCCAGAAGAUGUUUGCAUCAGCUUGGAGCACACUAAGCAGCUUCUGGUGAGUGACAGCUCUAGAGACCCAACAGAGCCUACCCUUGCACCUGAGUUAUCAGGCAUCUUAAAUAUUUGUUCCAAGCUGGAAAGCAUUAGAAGGAAAUCCACAGUUCUCUCAGUUUCUGAAACAGCUCUUGCUGACCAGUUGCCCAAACCAUCAGUCCAGCCAGAGGAUACCCUGAGGCUGGGAAAAAAUCUGGUGAAGGAACCAAAUCAUUUGCUCUGCACCGGAGAGCAGGAGGAGAGGUGUCGCGAGCCUGGAGCUGCUCCCAGGGAUGCAAGCACAGGCAUGGCACCCCAGGAUCAAUACCAGGGAGUAAAGGUGUCUCUGGGUAUCUUCCAGCCUAAGUUACCCAACAGAAGAGCUUCUGUCUCUAGUGUGCAGGACACAAAUGCAAAGUCCUCUGCAGACAAAGGAGAAGCAGCAGCAGCCUCAGACACGUGUGUGAGGAGCAGUGAGAGCCCCGGCAAGCCUGGCAGGCAGAACUUCAGCCCUUCCCGGUUUGUAGCAGAAGAGUUUCUUCCUGUCUACCUGGAAGAGAUGGAUCCAAAUGAAUCUGUAAGCUGUGAACUCAUGGAAAGUGCCUGCAGUGAGAGAAGCAAAAACCCAGUCCCCCACAAUGAAAAGAGUCCAUUUGAGAAGACAAAAACUUGCAGUAAACCAAAAAGAGCUUUGGAACAAGAUGAGGAAGACCUUCAAAGCCCAAAGAAGGUCAAGAGUGAUGAAAACUUGCAUGCUGAGGCCUCCUCAGACUUGCAGGUUACUUCAGGUGCUGUGUCUCAAAGCCAAGCAGAAGUUCACAAAGGCGAAGAUCCUCCAACCCUAUCAGCUCAAAGCCUGGACUGCACUCAUGCCAGCACCAGCAGCUCCCUGGAUUCUGUCAAGGCUGAUGCAGAAUUAACAAUUCAGCGGAGCAGCCAGGUGGAGUCUCAGCUUCUCAUCUGCGAAGACAACUUGAGGGAGAAAUUCCAGAGUGGUCUCAUCACAGUUGGGGAGUUCCUGACUCUUCUUCAGGUCCACAUUCCAAUUCAGAGGCCCCGGCACAGCCACAUCCCAUCCAGUGGUGCAGUCAGUGCCCCACCCACACCAGAGGACCUCCUCUACUGCCAGUACAUUCUUCGGCCCAGGCUGCACGUUUAUGAGGAGGAUUGCCAAGCCCUUGCUCAGAAGAUAGAGGAGUUAAAAUUGCAUGUGAGUGUUCAGGAUCAGCUCCUGGUGAACUUCAACAGGACUCUGUGGGAAGUCAUGAGAACCUGCUCUGAUGAAGAGCUGAAGAAGUUUGGUGCAGAACUGAACCAAAUGAAGUCCUAUUUCACCAAGGAGAGUAAAAUCCUGGCUCACAAAGAGAAAGCAGAACUGUACAGCAAGCUGCUGCAGUGUGUGCAGGAACAGCAGGGAAAGAUACAGUCCAGAGCAGAGGAGCUGGAGAAGCUGCUGAAGGAGGCAGAGAGCUGCCUUGGUGCUCCAGGAGCAGAUUCUGCCUGGGAAGAAUGGGAAGCAGAGUGCAGUGAUGAAAUGCCUGGAGUGAGUUGCCUGGAGAGAGAACUGGAAAGCAUCAAAUCCCAAGAGGAGGAACUUCAAAGAGAGCUCUCAGAUCUGGAGGCUGAGAACGAGCAGAUGCUGGUGAGGAUGGAGCAGCUGAAGGAGGAAGAAAAGCACUACCGGGAGCUCCUGGAGCACUCUGAACCCACUGAGUGGGACCUGAUUGAGUGGAAUGAACAGCAGGGAGUCUUCAGCUUUCUUUAUGACUCUAUUGAACUCACAGUGGUCUUUGAACCCCCAAGAGAUGGUGAUGAAUUUGGUACAGAUCCUUCCCGGAAGAUCCUUAGCCUGGGCUUUGAGUCUCUCUUGGAUGAAGCAGCAGCUCCCCCCUCCUCUCAUUUAGUCCACAGGCUCAUCUUCCAGUUCAUUGCUAGCCAGGGAUGCUGGCAAGAAAAGUCUCCCACACUGGACCACCUGCCCCAGGGUCUUCGUGAGCUCUCUUCAGUGGUGAGCAACUGCAGGAUCCUGGGAGAUGAGGUUGAGUUUCUGGAGAGAUGGGGUGGAAAAUUUAAACUUCUGAAGACAGAUAUCAGUGACACAAACCUGACGCUGGUGUUCUCCUCAGCUGCUGCUUUUGCCAAGUUCCAGCUCACCCUGUCCCUGAGCGCCAGCUACCCUAACGCUCCUCUGCCUUUCACAGUCCAAAAGCUCAUUGGCAAUGUUGGGGAGGAGGAGGUUUCUGCUGUCCUCUCCACUGUACCAGUUGGUCUCAACUACCUGCGGCGAAUAGUCAGCUCUCUUCACCAGGACUUGCUGCAGGGGCCCAGCUGAUGGAGCAGCCUCUCUGCAGGG